UCUCCCCUAUUACCUGUGUUAGUUUUGACCCCAGAUGUCAAUUAUGUAGACCCCUCCCCUUAUUCUCGAACCUUCCCUGCCCAUCACUCCGGCCUGCCCUAAUCCCCUAUCCAUCAUUGUAAACCCGACCCUUUCUUCCAGAACCUUCCAUGCUCCUCACCCCUAGUUUGGUUCGCGAUUGGUUCCCUAGUUGCUGUCCCGCCCAUGACAUGUCCCUAUUGGUUCCCAGUAGUUCAACCGCCUCCCCUAACUCCUCCUCCCCUGAUCCCUCAUUGGACCCUGAGUUGUACCCUCCCCUGGGGAUCAAGCAGUAUAUAAUCUUGUGCAUAGCUGUGUUCGGGGCUCUCCUUCCUCAUCGGGUUGUGAGUUGCAGGGAUUCAGGAUAGCCUGUCUUCCUACUCCUGUUGGUAUUUUUGUCAUCAAAUAAAGGUUUGGCUACUUCUUUUAACAUCCAGAAGAGUCCAGACCCUCGUUUUUGACAAUUUUUGGUGCCGAAACCUGGGAUAUUCACGUCCAGAGGUGGUUCCGGAGUAGCACAGAUUUGGGUGGCGCGCAUUUUCUUUUUAUAUAUACCCCUGGACUACGUCGAGACCACGGAACGGUUGCUGGAUAGAACCCGAAGACCAGCAGGAGUGACAACCCGGUGAGAAGGACCCCCCCCCUCUCCAGGGAGCAACCCUGACCGGAUACCGUCAGACAAGUAUGGAGUCUACGGUCUGAUGUCAUUGGAGAAGAAUGCAUUUGGAGAAAAGGACCCCGGUUUAAGUUCUAUGUGGGUGAGUUGCCAUGUAAAAGAUAUUUUGUAACAAAUGACAUGCAUAAAUGGUGGAUUCCUCGAGCUCCUCAUUUGUACUGGGCUAAGGAGAAAGAACCGAGAUGCUCUUAUGUGGAAAGGGAAAAAUUAUAUGAGUGUGCAACUAUGGAUCCAAACCCAAAUCCACUACGGGGGGACAAAAGGUUAGCCAAAUUUUGGCACCAUAUUGGAGUGGACACCAUAGAACCCCUGGGCUUCUGGAGGGCUCCAAUUAAUUUUUAUUGGAUUUGUGGGAGGUCAGCUUAUGUUAUGCUGCCUAAAGACUGGGCGGGAAGCUGCACACUUGGAAUUAUUAAACCUUCCUUUUUCCUUCUUCCCCGAUUAGAGGAUAGGCAUUUGGGGGUUCCAUUGUAUGAUGAACUGAAAAGAAAAAGGAGAGAGGUGUUAAUUGGGGGAACCCAAAAAUGGGGAGACGAUGAGUGGCCACCGGAACGAAUUAUAGCAACCUAUGGCCCGGCUACCUGGGCGCAAGACGGAUCAUGGGGAUACAGAACCCCAAUAUAUAUGCUAAACAGACUGAUACAGUUACAAGCAGUGGUAGAGAUUAUCUCUAAUCAGUCCAGCCUAGCCCUUGAUUUGCUGUCUGCACAAGCCCGACAAAUGAGGACCAUGAUCUAUCAAAACCGGUUAGCCCUGGACUACCUACUGGCAGAAGAGGGAGACGUGUGUGGGAAGUUCAACUCCUCCGAGUGUUGCGUUGAGAUAGACGACCACAGUGAGGUAAUCAAGAACAUAAGUACUAACAUCCGAAAACUAGCACAUGUCCCAGUUCAAAAGUGGUCCUCAUUAGCCAAGACCAGUUGGUGGAAUAAUCUUUUUAAUGGAGAGUGGUGGAAAAAGCUGUUAAUUGUCAUAGGCUGUAUAUUAACCGGUGUCUCUUUCCUCCCUUGUCUAAUCCCAUGUAUAAUCCGGACCAUCAUGAAAACGGUACAAAAAUCCCUGGAACUGAGUUUGAAACAAGAAUUAAAUGAGAACAUUUACCAGAUAAAGACUGAAAACUCAGACAAAGAUCAUGGACCUGAAUUGGCAGUGACCCUCUACAGAAACUUCCAGAAGCUUUGAAAAAUCUAUCAAGAGUAUGAAGAGGAAGUCUGAAGUUAGGACAAGAAGCACAUUAAGUGCUUUUGAUGCGGGCUUAAGUUAGUGAAGACUGCUUUGAGGACUGUUUAUAAGAUUUGGACUUAAGCCCGAUCAAAGUUUAAGAGGGGGGAAUUGUUAUAAGUAUGUUUAGUGUUAUGAUUUAAUUGUUAGUCUGUUGGUAUGUUCUUGUUCUCCCCUAUUACCUGUGUUGGUUUUGACCCCAGAUGUCAAUUAUGUAGACCACUCCCCUUAUUCUCGAACCUUCCCUGCCCAUCACUCCGGCCUGCCCUAAUCCCCUAUCCAUCAUUGUAAACCCGACCCUUUCUUCCAGAACCUUCCAUGCUCCUCACCCCUAGUUCGGUUCGUGAUUGGUUCCCUAGUUGCUGUCCCGCCCAUGACAUGUCCCUAUUGGUUCCCAGUAGUGUAACCACCUCCCCUAACUCCUCCUCCCCUGAUCCCUCAUUGGACCCUGAGUUGUACCCUCCCCUGGGGAUCAAGCAGUAUAUAAUCUUGUGCAUAGCUGUGUUCGGGGCUCUCCUUCCUCAUCGGGUUGUGAGUUGCAGGGAUUCAGGCUAGCCUGUCUUCCUACUCCUGUUGGUAUUUUUGUCAUCGAAUAAAGGUUUGGCUACUUCUUUUAACAUC